CUCCUUCGUUACAACAAAAUCACAGAUCUAGACGAUCUAGGGUUAGGGUUUCAUGGCGAAGAUCGAUGCCAAAGCUCUGCUCAAAGACAAAAAGUUCUGGUUUGCUUCUUUCCUCAUCGCCUGGGCUGCUGCUCUUCAGGGGCAUAUGAUGUGGUUACAGAGGCAGGACUCCUUCAAACAGAAAUUUGGUACACCUGACCAAUCCAGCAACAAUGCACAAGAAGGGUUGCAGAAAUUGGGCUUAAACCAAUCCAGUAAGGAUGCAGAAGAUGAGUGGUUCCAAAGGUGAAGCUUUUAUCGAAUUUAAGUUUUUUAACAAGUGUAUGUAAAUUGAUAGGAAUCUCAUUUCUUCUUUCUUUAAUACUUUUUCUGUGUGUUUUGGAACUGAAUUUCACGAUGGAAAUCUGAUCUCAUAUUUUCAAAUGAUUGUGUAAUUCUGUGAAUGUCGAGUUUCUCAGAGUUUGUGGAUUGAUUGGUUUAUUUCUAAGCCCUGUUAAUUUUUGAUACUGUUGUGAAUAGAAUGCUGUUAACUAG